AUGGCCAAUCCAUCUAGAAAUAAUGAUGCACCGCGGCCUACAGCCUCUUCUCGGGAUCGAAACGUAUCGCCUCAUGAUAUUGCUGACCUUUAUUCACGUUUGCAGUUGGCCAUGGACAAUGUUCAUUCCAAACUUGAUCAUGUCCACCACAAAUACAUACCCAUGGCAUCCUCACUUCCCGUUACCCCAUCCUCCUCUACUCCACGAUUAUCCCACCAGAUAAUCAAACGAGUUCCAUCGCCACUCACACUACCCCGCGAUUCUUCGGCUACGUCCACCAACGAUCAGUGUGCAUGUCGGCACAUUCUAGCAUCCAACGAUGCCAGUCAUUGUGCGCUGUGCAGUCAAGAAAUAAGCGUCGUCAUCGACUUACGUCAGUUAUGCCAGCAACAACUGCGCGAAAUACAGAGCCUGCAAUCAUGUGUUGUGAAGAAUCAUUCAAGGCUCGUGGAACAGCAAAAGGUGAUUGAUCAGCAAACCACGUCGUCCGAAAUCCUUGUGCAACAACUGGAGACACAGACCCGACAACUUGGCUCACUGCGACAAGACAUGGUGGUUUUAGACAGCAAAUAUCGACGUGAAGUUGACCGUUUGCAAAAGACCGAACGAGCCAAGACAUUACUGGAAGGCGAACUGGAAGAAUUGUCACGAAAUUUGUUUGAAGAAGCCAAUCGCAUGGUGGCCACCGAGAAACGAGCGAAACACGAACUGCAGACAAAAUACAACCAUUUAGAGGCACGAUUAAAAGAUACCCAAGCUCAAUUGCAUGCGGAACAAAUGCAACUCAAAGAAUUACGCUCCAGGAUGCAAAUGAUGGAUAAACAACCUUCCGAGAAAGAUUCUGUCUAUAAGAGUCAUCCCGGUACUGCCGAACAAAAGCAUCACUCGUUGACAGACGACGGUAGCGAGACGGAAAAUGGCAUACCCGCGAAUCCCGAUGCCUUGCCAGGUUGGGUGGGUCGCGAACAUCUUGCAGUCUUUGACCCUAUGGCCCUGUAUGAAUUCCAGGAAUUCGUCAAACUGGGCAACUCGGUGCCUCUGAAGAGACUGCAUACCAUUCCAUUCCUUCGUAACUGUCAGAUGGAAGACACUGAACCGUGUCUCCGCUUUGGCCCCCAUCCCCGUUUUUCCGCACGUAAAAUCAAUGACGCGAUAGCCAACAACGUGUGUUUCAUUGAAAUCGCCCCUUCUGGAUUUGCCAAGCAACAGAUGAACCGAGCCCUGACCGUUCCGCUUCAUUUUUCCGCGUCAAAAUCCAUGGUGUGGGAACGAUUCAGUAGCAGCAGUAGUACAAGUCAUUCUGCCAGUGCGGUCUUGGCAUGUCACGCUUGUGGGCGACACGAUACGAAAGGAUUGCCAUAUCGAUUCCGAAUAUCGCCAAUGGAUGAUUGGGCUUGCAUCGACAAAUUUUGUCGCGACCGGUUGGUUGCUGUGUGCGAAUUUUAUCUAUUUGUUCGAAAUCUACGUCAAGGUUACUAUAGCAAUCGGUCUCUGCCUGAUCUGUAUCAGGAAGUUAUUCGAUUAAAGUUGCAGAUGUUUUACGCCAGAAUGGGAAAUUUAUCAUCAAAGAUUGAAUCUUUGGAUCUAGACCACGGCAACAGAACCUGUUUACCAUCAGCCCCACUGUCGAAUAUGCCGUCUCCUCCCGUCAAUCUAUCAAAGAACGACGAAACUGGAAAUGAGGAGAAAGAGAAGUCGGAAACUCAAUGA